GAGGUUGUGUUGAAUCAGCCUGUUUUAUCUACACAUCACAUCAUUAACUCUGUAAUGUCCGUGACGUUACCACUCUUGUUGAACGCGGCUCAUCUUAAGUUCUUUGUCUCCAAGUCGCAUUGCUCACUUCUUCUAGAGAACCGAACACGUCCAUGCGAAGCAUGCAUGGCAACAGAGGGUGGCAUCCCUAAGCAGUUAUGUGGUAAUGAAGAACGCCUAGCUACAUAAAAGCACCGUGCUGUAGAGGCAUGUAACUGGCACUGUAAGGAAACAGUUUGCACAUAACGGAAUUGCUACAAGCUUGGUAAUGCGGCGCGGCGCGUUGGGUGGAAGUGAGAUGUUGUAGAUCAAUGACCACGGAGGACUACACGUGGUGAGGGAGAAGGGACGUAGGGUAACUAUCAGUUGGGGAGACUAACUCCGACAUCAUAUUGAGUGGCCAACUGAUACUGAUACAGGACGUCUCGGUGUUCGGAAACUGUCAUCACUAGAAGAGAUAACUGAGCAGCACGGAUUACGAUCAUCGUGAAGAUCCCCGACACAAGAGUCCCUUCAACUGUUCAAUGGGACUGUUGUAACGUUGCUGUGUAUUUGCUCCUGGACACGACAAACGAGGAAGAGGCAAAACAACCGGUUAUAAGAAGCAGAACAGUUUCAUGUCCACGAUGUCUGUGUAGUAGGCCGAGAGCGUUGAGCAACCUGUUUUGUGGGUACACGUCCAAAGGGGCACCAUGGAUUUAGAGGCUGUGAGAGUGUUGGCGUGGCCGGAGUUCCUGGCUUGCCCGGGCCAGCUUCACCAAGCCUUCACGAAGGAGAAUGGUCAGUUGACCUAUGAUUGCCAGUUCGUGUUUGACCUCACUACGCCACUGGCGGCGGAACAGGUUGGAGUAGGAUACCAUCUCCAGAAGAACGAAAUAAUUUUGAUCAUCCACAACGAGGCUGAGAUGACGUCACUUGUUGGAGACCUACUAAGGAAGCUUCUGCUCAUGCGCAUCACAGUCCUCCACACGGAGAUCUCCAGUAAAUACAGUGUGGAGACCAUCUCAAUACUAGAAGACGAGUUCGCAGUUCUGAUCAAUACCAGCCACCCGUCCAUCAUAACGAGGCUUGGUGAUGGACUCAAGUGCGCGGCACUGCGCAUGUCAAGAUGCAGGAAAUUCUGCCUUGAGCUGGACAUGUCCACAUCCCUACACGACUGGUACGCUGAGCACAAGGAAGCCAUCACGAGCUGUGACGACAUCCACCAGAUGAAAGUGAGGCGCGCGAGACUCUACGUGACCAAUCACACCAUCUACAGCCACUGUUUCGACUGCAAACCCCACUGGUGGUUGUGUCUGUGUUUCUGCUGGCUGCUCUCGGCGCCCUGCUACAUGUCUUACCGGAAGCUGACAUGCACAGACAUCUAUGUUGAAAUACAUGGGGAGAUAACUCCAGCAAAAUGUGUACAAGAUGAAAGUAGCAGAGUAGCGAUAGAUUCAUCACGUCGCUGCUACCAGACCGUCUGACGUCGUGUGAAACAGAUGCUAGUUUUUGUAAUGAGUGAGAUCUAGACAAGUCUCUGUGGAAAUAUGCAAUGAGGAUCAGUAAAAUUGUGCCAAUGUUCAACCUCGGAGGAGCAAUGAACAUACCGUGAGAAGGUCUUGACAUCAACCAGCUUGAUCACUGUAACCAUCUGAUGUCGUCAUGACCUCUUCAUCAACGUCGCAAGAAGAUCACCAUGUAUAUCCUAUGUGAUAAGUCAUAUUGAAAGAAAGAAGUGUAAAUUAUUGAAGACAGUGUGACUAGAUCGCUAGAACAUCUUGACAUCAACCAUCUUGGUCACUGUAACCAUCUGAUGUUGUCGUGGCGUCUUCACCAACGUCUCAAGAAGAUCAUCAGCUCUAUCCAUUUGGUGAUACGUCAUAUUGAAAGCAAGAAGUGUAAAAUAUUUUACAGACAAUGUGACCAGACCGUGAGAACGUCUUGACAUCAACCAUCUUGGUCACUGUAACCAUCUGAUGUUGUCGUGACGUCUUCACCAACGUCUCAAGAAGAUCAUCAGCUCUAUCCAUUUGGCGAUACGUCAUAUUGAAAGCAAGACGUGUAAAAUAUUUUUAAGACAUUGUGAUCAGACCGUGAGAACGUCUUGACAUCAACCAUCUUGGUCACUGUAACCAUCUGAUGUCGUCAUGACCUUUUCACCAACGUCUCAAGAAGAUCACCAUGUAGGUGACACGUCAUUUUGAAAGGGAAAAGUGUAAUUAUUUUAUAGACAAUGGACCGAAGUGUACACGUGUGACGUAUGGUUAUUCAGUUGUCAAUGUUCCAUCAAAACGUGAAAUGACUUGGAGCAUUUUCUUAUAAGUAUGACCAGGACCAAUUCCUAAUAAUCAGUGUCAGUGGAAUUACUGUAUCAAAGUCAUUCGUCUUGGAUUAAGAGUGAUAUGUGCCCC